ACACUCCCAACUCCAUUUGUUUGGCUCAGGCAAUGUCUCAAUCUCACAAGCCACACUUGUUACCUCACUUUUCUGUUCCCUAUUGAGAAAUAUUCUAAUCCAUAACCAAAGUCUGAUAAAAGCAAAACAAUGGCUCCAAGGGAUAGAACCACCGCACUCACCGGAAUCAACCCCACCGCCGCCGCCGCACUAAACGCCGCCAAGGAGAUCCGUUAUAGAGGCGUCAGGAAGCGUCCGUGGGGGCGUUACGCCGCCGAGAUCCGCGACCCCGGGAAAAAAACACGAGUCUGGCUCGGCACCUUCGACACAGCGGAGGAGGCUGCACGUGCUUAUGAUGCGGCGGCGCGUGAUUUUCGCGGCGCAAAGGCUAAGACGAAUUUUCCCACCCCUUCUGAGCUUGUAAAUAACAACACCCGUAGCCCAAGCCAAAGCAGCACCCUCGAAUCUUCCUCUCCACCGCCGCCGCCGCCGCUGGACCUCACCCUAACCCCACUCUCCGCCGUCAGCGCGUUGGCGUUCCCUGUGGCUCGUCCUGUGUUGUUCUUCGACGCUUUUGCACGUGCGGAGAGCAUGCUGAGCGUAGGUCGCCGCGAGAUGUGUGGGUUCGAUCGUCCGGUUGCUGAUUUCCGCACCGUCGCAGGCGGCGGCGGCGGCGGUGGCGGACAGAGUGAUUCUGAUUCUUCCUCCGUCGUGGAUUACGAGCGUGUCCCGCGUCAGAGACUCUUAGAUCUUGACCUUAAUGUCCCUCCUCCGCCGGAGGUUGCCUGAUUUGGCCGCGUUUUCAAGACCCUUCGGCAAAGAUCUAAUUUUUCUCCUUUUUUUAAGCAUUUUUGAAGUACCCAUUUUGAAAAAAACGGAAUCACUCUCUCUAUAAACAUAUAACUAAGAGAGUUAGCAAAAUGGUUAGCUUAAAUCAUGCUCGGAUUUGUUGAUUAUGAUUAUGAUAAUGAUGAUGAUGAUGACGAUGAUAACAAGCACGUUUUGUAAAUAUACUAAAAUCCAAAAGCAGGGCCUUGUGCUUUUCUUUUUUCUUUUUUGCAACUGAGAACUUAUUAGGAGAGCAUCUCAUGGUUGUUUAUGAAAUCGCAGUUAAUCUUGAUAUAUUAGAAAUAUAUGUUGCCAUUUUUACUAUAUUUAUUGUAAGUUUCUCUUCCUUUCUUUCAUGUUCUUUCUUUGGUUGAAGAAAGUGAAGAACACGCUGAUGAAAAGAGAACAAGACUAAUGCCUCUUAAUUAACAGAAUGCAAUGGGUGGGUCUCGUUUGUGAAAUAUGUUGUUAUUUAGCUUAGCAAUUUUUCUAACGCUAUCCACUAGCGUGACCAGUGGGGUCGUACAAUUUUCUUGCAUUUUCCGAUUAACCAAACAAGCAACUU